UCUCCUGCAGUGCUGCUUGUGUUUCUGUAGCCUAUACGGAAACAUAGAGUCCUGGAGGAGGCGCGCAGAGAAAGAGAGAGAAAAGAAAAAGACAUUCAUUUCACAUUUAUUGGUUACGGAAAAAAAAUAUUAUUAUGACUACGUUACCGUUUUGUUAAGGUUUUUGACUGUUCGAGUAUUAGGACAGGAGUGAGAUGGCAUCCCGAACCGGCGAGAGAAAUCUCGAGCAGAGAUAGAGUGUGCCUCGCUCGCGCAGCCUUCUGCACGAUGAGCGUAGUUCUGCAAGACCUGCGGAACAAUAUGUCCAACUACAAACGCACAACCUUUGAGGAGGAUGAGGCCGACAUGCCAGCUGUUGGAGCUCUCUCCCCCGACAGUGUGGAGAUUGGGAUCAGGAAGGGUGGGUUUCAGCUCCUGGGCCCACUGGGCAGGAUGACGCAGCUGGAAGUGAUUCUAUCAGGCCUACUGCUGGUCUCCCUGCUGUCUCUGUUUGGCUGUGCCCUGACCUUAGGUGUCCGCUACAGCACAGACCCUCGGCAUAACCUGUGCCUCACGGAGGCCUGUGUUACGGUGGCUAGUAAGAUUGUGGAAGCGCUGGAUCGUGAAGCGGACCCCUGCCAGGACUUCUACCAGUACGCAUGCGGGGGCUGGGUCCGUAAGAACCCCCUGCCUGACGGGCGGUCCCGCUGGAGCACCUUCAACAGCAUCUGGGACCAGAACCUGGCCGUGCUCAAACACCUUCUGGAGAACGGCACGUUUAACGCCACCAGUGAGGCGGAGAGGAAGACGCGGGACUACUACCUGUCCUGCCUGAAUGAGCAGCGCAUUGAGGAGCUGGGAGCCCAGCCUCUGAUCGACCUUAUCACCAGGACAGGUGGCUGGAACAUGACAGGCCCCUGGGACAAGGACAAUUUCAUGGAGGUUCUGAAGACCGUUUCCGGACCAUACCGCGCUCAGCCCUUCUUUACCAUUGGAGUCAGUGUGGACCCCAAGAAUUCCAACAGCAACGUUAUCCAGGUGGAUCAGUCGGGGCUUUUCCUACCUUCUCGGGAUUAUUACCUCAAUAAAACUGCGAAUGAGAAGGUGUUGAAGGCCUACCUGGACUACAUGGUGGAACUGGGGAUGCUGCUAGGUGGGGAGCAUAACUCCACUGAGUUCCAGAUGCAGCAGAUCCUGGACUUUGAGACGGCGCUGGCCAACAUCACUGUCCCGCAGGACGAACGCCGCGACGAGGAGAAGAUCUACCACAAGCUCACUAUAGCUGAGCUGCAGCUCCUGGCCCCAGCGGUAGACUGGCUGGACUACCUGUCCUCUGCGCUGUCACCUCUGGACCUCAAUGACACCGAGCCGGUGGUGGUCUACGCCAAGGAGUACCUGCAGCAGGUGUCUGACCUCAUCAGUAAGACCAACCGCAGUCUGCUCAAUAACUACAUGAUAUGGAACCUGGUCCAGAAGGGGGUGUCCAGUCUGGACCAACGCUUUGAAAAUGCUCAGGACAAACUACUGGAGAGUCUCUAUGGCACAAAGAAGUCCUGCACACCCCGAUGGCAGACCUGCAUCGUAAACACGGACGACACCCUGGGAUUUGCCCUUGGAGCACUCUUCGUCAAGGCAACCUUCGACAAAAAGAGCAAGGCAAUUGCAGAGGAGAUGAUAAAUGAGAUUCGGACAGCGUUCAAAGAGGCGUUGGACAAAUUAUCAUGGAUGGACGGACAGACACGGCAGGCAGCCAAGGACAAGGCAGACGCUAUCUAUGAUAUGAUCGGGUUCCCAGACUUCAUCUUGGAUCACAAGGAGCUGGAUGAUGUGUAUGACGGGUACGACGUCUCUGAGGACAACUUCUUCCAGAACAUGCUCAAUUUCUACAACUUCUCUGCCAAGGUGAUGGCUGACCAGCUACGCAAACCACCAAAUAGAGACCAGUGGAGCAUGACCCCGCCCACAGUCAACGCCUACUACAUGCCCAGCAAGAAUGGCAUCGUGUUCCCUGCUGGAAUCCUGCAAGCGCCCUUCUACGCCCAGAACCACCCAAAGGCUCUGAACUUCGGGGGAAUCGGAGUGGUGAUGGGGCACGAGCUCACCCAUGCCUUUGAUGACCAGGGCCGAGAGUAUGAUAAGGAUGGGAACCUUCGACCAUGGUGGCAGAAUUCCUCAGUGGAUGCAUUUAAGAGCCGGACAGAGUGCAUGGUGGACCAGUAUUCCCAGUACACCAUCAACGGGGAGCACAUCAACGGCAAGCAGACCCUCGGGGAGAACAUUGCCGACAACGGAGGCUUGAAAGCGGCCUAUAAUGCUUACAGGUCAUGGGUACGGACCAACGGUGAAGAGAAGCAGCUGCCAGCCGUGGGCCUGACCAGUGACCAGCUGUUCUUCGUUGGGUUUGCACAGGUGUGGUGUUCGGUGAGGACCCCGGAGAGUGCCCACGAGGGCCUGAUUACCGACCCCCACAGUCCCCCCAAGUAUCGGGUGAUUGGCACUCUCUCCAACUCCCCAGAUUUUGCCCAGCACUUCAACUGCCCGGCUGGCUCGCCAAUGAACUCGGGCCACCGCUGCGAGGUGUGGUAAACGGAGAGGGCGAAACGGAGGAUAAAGGGAGUAGCCAGAGGAGCAGGACCUGCUCCCUCAAAACCCUGGACUUCUUUUGUCGAUUUCCCCCCCCCCCCUUUUUUGUAGUAGAAAACAAAACGAUGCUGGAUUCUUAAAGGGGCUCCUGGAGAAACAAAGGAGAAAGGAAGAGAGUGAGAGGGAGAAGGGAAAGUGUCGCUGUGUUAAUAUUUCUGUCUCGCUAUUUGUGGACGACUGUCUCAUCUCUCUCUGACGCUCCUGCUGGUCUGUGUGUUUUCCAAGGAGCAGGCUUGUGUUUAUUUAUUGUGCGCUGAACUAAGGGAGGGUUGGUGGGUUGGUGGGUAGGUGUGGGUGGGGAGGGGUGGAAUCUUCCUUCAUUUUUCUGUGUCUGUGUUUUCCUGGCUUUGUGCCCUGUUUACAACUUCAACUUCCUGUUGAGGAGGAAGACCACUGUGACCUCACAGGAAAUGCUGGACUCCACUGUGACCUCACAGGAAGUGCUGAACUGGCUGUGAUUCAGACUGCAAGGAUGGCCAGUACUCGCUUACAUGCCUUUUUUUUGUCAUUUAUGUGUGUUUCGGUGUUGUCAAUUUAAAUUUAAAUGAGAUGCUCAUUUUAUACUGCUUCUGCCAAAGAAUAGUAUUUCUUUACUCGGUUAUGUGUGUAAAGGGGAAGCACCCGCCUGGUCAAAUGAAGUCCGUUUCCAGUCAAAUGAUACGCAGAAGCCAUUUGUUGAAAUGUGCCACACAGUGUGAUGUUUACUGCUGGUGAGGUCUUGGUAGGAACAUACAUAAACAGUCACGUGUUUGCAUGUGCCCCAGACUCCGUUACAGCAGUGCUAUGCCCAUAGUAAUAUCAGAGCAUCCGUUUAAAAAAACCACUAAAGUAAAGUGAUUUAACCUUCCUAGCCAAAGCAUUGCAGGUUAUUCACUGUCUGUGUAUAGGUAACUGUGACAGGCGGCAAUGUGAACUAGCUACUCCCUGAUUGGUUGCCAGCAUGGUGUUCUGUUUCACUGAAGUGGGACAGAUGGAAGAUGAGCAGGGUGUGGCUGUAGCCCUGUCUUUUAGGGCCUGUCUACAGUGUUGCUGUAUCUGUACAAGGUUGUUUCACCCGUUACAUUUUUAUUUGUGUUUCAACUGAACCCCUCAGCCCCACAUAUCCGUCUCAAUGUUGACACCUGCUGGCCAUGUCUGUCCACUGCACUGCUUCAAGGCGCUGGCAGCUUUCUGCUUUGCGUGUAUGCGACUCCUCUCACAAUGUGUGAAAGCAGUCUAGUCUGAAUGUAUGCCAUGUCUUCUUAGGGAUCUCUUGUAUGCUCACUAUGUUGCUUCUCUUAACUUGGUUGCAGUUCAGCAGCAGUUCCAGAUGUUAACAGGACGUAGGGGUGAGGUGUUCAAGGUGUGUGUGCGUGUGUGUGCGUGCGUGUGUGCGUGUGUGCGCGUGUGCGCAUGCGUGUGCAUGCGCGUGCCCAAGCACAUAAUUGAUGUGUGUUUGGGUGAGUUGUAGAUGGAGGGGGUUGAGUUAGCCUUAAAUAUUUACAAAAAGGAAAGAAAAUCCAUACAUAUUUAAAGUCCAAGCAAAGUAGAAACUUGAAGUGUAAAUGCCUUUAAACAGUCAGCUCUUGCCAUGAGGUGAUAUCCCUCACACCGUAGCCCCGCCUUUCUGUGCUGCCCCACCCACUCAGACUGCCAGGAUACUCCACCAAUCAGGAUUCAGAGAUCCUCAUCACUCCCAGAAUUCAGUCUGACCAUAGUUCAGGUCCACCUAAGAACCAACAAGUGGUUCAGGUGGUGGUAUCUAAGUGUGUUAUCAAACAGUAAUUGGAUAAUUAAAUAAUUACUGCGAGUGCUCAUCAACACUUUCACUUAAUCCGUGUGUUCGAGGUUAACCUUUGACAAGUUUGAACCUUAUUUAAUUUCAGUUCUUGUUCAGGUUGGUUGUGUGUUUUAUUUCCUUUAUUUUCAUCACAUUAUUUCACACUGAUUCACAAUAUUUGUUUCUUGUUGGGUCUUUUUAGUUGUUAAAUUGAAGGAAGGAAAGGCCAGUUGUCUGACAUGGGAGGCAUUUAAUCCCACCCGCAUUCUUCUUUAGUUAAAAGACUGUAAAUGGAAACAAAAGAAACAGAAAUAAAGAAUAUAUAAAAUAAAUAACAAUUAAAUUUAAAACCAAGUGUUGACUUUUUGGUCCUAGUCAUGAUGUGCAUGUGAAAUGACCUGUUUUUCAAAAUCAAUGAUGUACAGUAUUAUCAUACUGAAUCAGAGAAUACAGAGUAGCAUUGUGUCUGGAUCAAUAGGAAUCAACACUGAUCAGUGGAACCUCUUCAGUUUCUUUAAUUUUGUGAAUGAAAAUCCACAUUGUUUAAAGAGCUAUUGGGGUAGGAUGCUGAAUAUAAAAUUGGUAUUGCAAAGUUUAUUACUGCCAUGUAAUGUCUUAAUUAAAUUUACUGGGAUUUCA